AUGUGAAAAGUUGGUUUACACUUUUUUCAUUUGGCGAAUGAUAUCGAUGUCGUUCAUCAGACUCGUAUCCAGACGUGUUUUAUUGGGUAUCCAUAGUCGUCAGACGAGUAGCAAAGGAAUAGUUCGUUAUUCAAGUUCUCAGCGAAUGUUCCAUUCUUCAUCUUAUUUAUCCGUACAAAAGGAAGAAACUGAAAGCCAGUCGGACUCCAAAGGUCCAAUAGGUUGGAAAACAGUAGGAGCAACGUUUGCACUAGGUUCAGGUCUCCUUUUCUUAUAUGCACAAAUGAAAGAUAAGAAGGUGGAAAAGCUUCGAUAUCAGCAAAAGGAUUUAGGACAACCAGCCAUUGGUGGUCCUUUUGAGUUGUUAGAUAUGAAUGGAAAAGUAGUCACUGACAAGGACUUUAGAGGAAAGUUUAUGUUGAUAUAUUUCGGAUUUACGUUUUGUCCCGAUGUGUGUCCAGAAGAGUUGAAUAAAAUGACAGAAGCUAUGAAUAUUUUGGAGAAAAGAAUGGGUUCGAGUGCAGACAAGAUUGUUCCUGUUUUUAUUUCGGUGGAUCCACAGAGAGACACGAGCCAUCAAAUCAAGUCCUAUUUGAAGGACUUUCAUCCUCGUUUUGUUGGUUUAACAGGAACUCCAGAGCAAGUUGAAAAGGUUGCCAAAUCGUAUAGAGUAUUCUUCUCUAAAGAUAGGGACGAUGGCUCGGAUGAUUAUCUUGUUGAUCAUUCCAUCAUUACCUAUUUAGUUGCACCUGAUGGUAACUUUGUAACCUUUUUUGGAAAAUCUACUUCAGCAGAUGAUAUGGCUAAGAAGAUUGCAGAAUAUCUGUAAAGGAACGUUGUGUGUAUUUUG